CCGGAAGUGGAACUCGAAAUUGGCAGCGGCGCCGUGAAUCGCGGAGGGGAAAGAGCCAGGAGAAGUGGCGCGUCUCCCGGUAACAACGCCUCGCCCCGCCCGGCCCGGCCCGGCCCUUCCGGGACAAGGGGCACCAGCUCAUCCUGUGAAGAUUGAUGUCCUUUUCCUUCAUCGCUUUAAUUUUGUUGACAAUUUGGAUAAACAUGGCACAGCUCCAGCAAGGAGGCCCAGAUGAAAAAGAAAAAACUACUGCACUGAAAGAUUUAUUGUCUAGAAUAGACUUGGAUGAACUGAUGAAAAAAGAUGAGCCACCACUUGAGUUUCCCGAUUCACUUGAAGGAUUUGAGUAUGCCUUUAAUGAAAAGGGGCAAUUAAGGCAUAUAAAAACUGGGGAGCCAUUUGUUUUUAACUACCGUGAAGAUUUGCAUAGAUGGAACCAAAAACGCUACGAAGCUCUUGGAGAGAUCAUUACUAAAUAUGUCUAUGAACUAUUGGAAAAGGAAUGCCACUUGAAAAAAGUAACUCUCCCAGUAGAUGCUACUGAGAGUGAACCAAAGAGUUUUAUCUUUAUGAGUGAGGAUGCAUUGACAAACCCAGAUAAACUGAUGGUUUUAAUUCAUGGUAGUGGUGUUGUCAGGGCAGGUCAGUGGGCUAGAAGACUUAUUAUAAAUGAAGAUCUGGACAGUGGCACACAGAUUCCGUAUAUUAAGAGAGCUAUUGAGGAAGGCUAUGGAGUAAUAGUACUGAAUCCCAAUGAGAACUAUAUUGAAGUGGAAAAGACAAAAGCCCAAGUACAGCUGUCCUCUGAUAGCUCAGAUGAACCUGCAGAAAAGAGAGAAAGAAAAGAUAAAAUCCAAAAAGAAACAAAGAAGCGACGUGACUUCUACGAAAAGUAUCGGAACCCGCAGAAAGAAAAAGAAACUGUGCAGUUGUAUAUUAGAGAUAAUGGCUCUCCUGAAGAACAUGCAAUUUAUGUGUGGGACCACUUUAUUGCUGAGUCAGCAGCUGAAAACGUAUUUUUUGUCGCUCACAGUUAUGGUGGACUUGCAUUCGUAGAGUUGAUGAUUCAACGAGAGGCAGAUGUAAAGAAUAAGGUAACUGCUGUGGCGUUGACAGACUCUGUUCACAAUGUGUGGCAUCAAGAAGCUGGCAAAACUAUUCGAGAAUGGAUGCGAGAGAACUGUUGUAACUGGGUGUCUAGUUCAGAACCACUAGAUACAUCAGUAGAAUCCAUGUUGCCAGACUGCCCACGUGUUUCUGCAGGGACCGAGCGUCAUGAGCUAACUUCCUGGAAGAGUUUUCCGUCUAUUUUCAAAUUCUUCAGUGAAGCAUCCGAGGCAAAGAACAGUUCAGUCAAACUAGCCCCAACACGACGCUCCAACAGAAUCAAAUACGAAGAGCUUUAAGAGGAGAAAAACAUCUAUUCGCUGCUUGUUUUCUGCAAGCAGGCUCCCAGCCCCUCAUUAGAUUGUUUUCUUCCUAGAGCACAGGGUCGUGAUGUAUACAUCUAAAGAGCGUUUUGCAUUAUUUCUAGAUGAGUGCAACUGUCAAAGCAAUAUGGGUUCACUGGUUGUGCUUCCUGUGGGCUGUAGCUUGGGUUUCGUGCUGCCCAUCAGUGCGCAGAUUAAGGCUGACAGCAGUACUGCACAGUGCAGCAUGGUGCAGCUCUAAUUGCCCUGACAUAGCCCUGCACCGAGCUGAUGCCAGAGUUUAACAGCUUCUUCGUGGUCCUAUCGCCUACAGGAUUUUGCUGCUUCCUUCCAGGGUUCACUUUUCUUUCUUGCUUGCUUGCUUUCUCUGACAGGAGCAAACUUUAGGUUUUAUGCAUUUUUAACGGAAUUGCUUUUCAAUAAUUGGUCCAGGUAGAUUCCUCCUCCCUACUCUUCUUCAGCCUUUAAAAUGCUCAGACAUCUUUCUAACAAUGGAAUAUUUUUGUUUGUGCUUUUUAGGGGGGUUAUUUAAGCCAUAAUGACUCAAUUUAAAUUUAAAAAAUAGCACGAAGACGAUGGUGUAGUAUUUGGAUUUAUAAAUAUGAAUCGUUCCCUGUAGCUCUAACCAGAUAUUUUUUUCUUUUGAGACCAGAGGAGAGACUGUGCAUAAAAUAGCUCCUAAGAAAUAAUAAAUUAAUGAAUAGGUAUUUCUAUGGAGGAUCGUCUCUGAAUUUAAAAUAAGGUUUCUAAUAAAUCUGUACACUACAGAAGGAAAGGACUAAAUUUAAACCAGAAUGAACCGAUGCUAUUUAUGCUGAAAUCUUUUGCUUCGUGAUUUUAGGAUUCCCGUUUUUACAGAGUUUGUAUCUCUGAAUAAUUUUAAAUCACGAGCUGUGAUACGUUUUAGUGAAAAAUGUAACAUAGAUUAAAUACCUGUAUUUAAAAUUUACUUUUAGAACUUGGUUGAUACGUUUAUUUUUUAUUCUAAUAGAAUGUCUAUUUUCAGACAAAGCAAAAUAUAAAUUACUCUUUUUAAAGAGGGACAUAAUUUUGAAUAGUAAAAAAAAUGAAUAUUUACAAUCAAUAGUCUUUUCUUCUCUGGGACCAAAUGAGAUGAACUCUUCACACUUUCCAUGUUCUGCAGAUAAGGGGUCCAAGAACUUUGGUCCAAAUUUAUGGGAAAGUCUCUUCGUAUAAAGAUUUUUUCCUUCUUUGGCAUUAUUUGUAGAACUCCACUUGCUUUUGAAAGUUCUACCUUAAAAUGCCAGUUGCUUUGUACUUUACCAAUUCAGCAACCGUCUGGACCACACUGUGAAUUAUGAUAGCAUAAAUAAAUAAAAAGUCAUGAAUUACAGAUUUUGCUGAUUUUUUAAUUCAAAGAUGCUUACAUUGUCAUAUUCGGAAUUGUUAAUAACUGUAAUGCCUCAUCAUCCUGUAAUUAGUUUUUGAUUCAACACAAGCCUAGAUUCCAUAUUUCUUUCAAAGUGUUUGCAAAAAUAAUGUUCCUGCCUUAUACACCUGGUAAAAUACACAGCCAGUUUCACCGAAUUUAAACGCUCAGAAAAAUCAUUGAAAUUGCAGACCUCGGAGAGAAGUGUUUUUAGUAAUAGUAGCUGAUGUCAGCAACUUUUAACUGCUAAUGUCUGAUAAGCAACAAUACGUGCCUGAUACCGUGUCUGGCAUGCAAGUACACUAAUUAGUUCGUAUAGUUUGAUGAAGCUAAAUUAAAGUGAUCUUUUCUUCAGUGGUCAUGUCUGCAUCGCCUCUGAUGUUAUUAGAGCAGAGGCAAAGAAGACAAAAAAUCAAAACGGUAUUUCAUCCAACUGCUGUGUUACUUCAAACCAGUCACAUCGUCGGCAGCCACCACAUGGGUUUGUGAU